AUGUCAGGGCAUACCGUGCGGGAGUGUGUGUACAAGUUCUGCAAAACGAUCUGUUUAGUUUAUGGGCAACAAUAUUUACGCAAACCAACUAUCAACGAUAUCCACCAAUUGUACACGGUGCAUGAAGGCAAGCACGGAUUCCCUGGAAUGCUAGGUAGUAUCGAUUGCAUGCAUUGGAGUUGGUCAUUAUGCCCCAAUGCAUGGAGUGGUCAGUACAUGAGAGGCGACCACAAAGAGCCGACGAUCAUUCUAGAGGCUAUCGCAUCACAUGAUCUUUGGAUAUGGCAUGCAUUCUUUGGUCCGGCUGGUGCAAACAAUGACAUCAAUGUGCUAGACCAGUCGUCGGUAUUCAACGAUAUCUACCUUGGAAAGUCGCACGAUGUACAUUUUCAAGCAAAUAGGGUAGCAUAUAAGCUUGGAUACUAUCUUACUGACAGUAUAUAUCCUCCCUUGUCUGUUUUUGUGAAAUCGUUUACAUGUCCUAACAACCAGAAAAUGAAAAAGUUUAAAGAGGCGCAAGAGUUAGCUAGGAAGGAUGUGGAGCAAACAUUUGGUGUACUUAAGAGACGUUGGCAAGUACUAACUGUCGGGGCAAGGUCAUAUGAGGUGAAAAGGGUGAAUAGAAGAGAAGUACACAAUCACGACAUUCAUCACGCCCUUCGUGCUGAUUUGGUGGAGUACAUUUAUAGGGCUCAUAUUCAGCCCCCGUUAGAGUUUCAUCGCGGUGAUUUGUUGGACGAAUCAGACGAGGAUUCUGAUAUGUUCGUUGAGAGUGAAGAUUUCGACAACGAGAGCGACGCUAGGAGAAUGAUGAAGACGAUCAAGACGAUGACGAGGACGAUGAGGGCGAUGACGAACAUGAUGAUUCCAAAUUCCAGUCGGAACAACAACAAUCCACUCGUUCUUUUGAUGGCCAGCCCAUUGGUAGCAACUGGCGGUGCUGCGAACAAAAUAGUCGUUAUUGGCGGUGGAGUUGCCGGCUCCUACAUUGCUAAAUCGCUCCAGUUUCAUGGCAAUGUAACACUAAUUGAUCCGAAGGAGUAUUUCGAGAUUCCAUGGGCAAGCUUGAGAGGAAUGGUGGAACCAACUUUUGCGGAGAGAUCCUUAAUCCAGCACAAACGUUACCUAACAUCAUCUCGUCUCAUCGUCUCCAAUGCUAUCGGCAUAUCUGAUUCUGAAAUCCUCUUAUCAGAAGGUCGACCGAUCCCGUAUAAUUAUCUCGUUAUUGCUACAGGUCAUGACGAUCAAGUACCAAAAACUAGAUCGGAGAGACUGAAACAAUACCAAUCAGAAAAUGAAAAAAUAAAAGCUGCGGCAUCGAUUUUGAUUGUUGGAGGUGGGCCGACCGGAGUAGAACUUGCCGGAGAAAUUGCAGUUGAUUUCCCGGAGAAGAAGAUAACGUUGGUCCAUAGCGGCUACAGGUUGCUAGAAUUUCUUGGACCAAAAGCUUCUAAGAAGACAUUAGAUUGGCUAAAAUCAAGGCAUGUUGAAGUGAAACUUGAUCAAACUGUGAAUGUGGAGGAUUGUAGUAAUGGAACCAAACUGUAUACAACUUCAGCUGGUGAAACAAUCAAAGCGGAUUGCCAUUUCUUGUGUACUGGGAAGCCAUUGGGGUCUUCUUGGUUGAAAGGUACCAUUUUGAAAGAUCGAUUGGAUGAAUUAGGGAGGUUGAUUGUUGAUGAAAAUUUGAGAGUUAGGGGUAGGAAGAAUAUCUUUGCCAUUGGAGAUAUUACCAACAUCAAGGAAAUGAAGCAAGGUUAUUUGGCGAAAAAAGCAAGCAUCAGUUGCUGCUAAAAACCUACAAUUAUUGAUACGUGGAGGAGAUGAAAGCAAGAUGACAACAUACAAAAUGAGUUCAAGUCGUAAGGCGAUUGUUUCACUAGGUAGACAUGAUGCAGUGGCUCAAUUUCAUCUUACUACAUUGAUUGGGUUAAUCCCCGGAUUAAUCAAAUCCAAAGACUUACUUGUUGGUAAAACAAGAAAGGAAUUAGAACUCGAUUCUCGUGAUUGUGGAUUAUGUAAUUAAGGUACAUGAGGUUAUUCAUUUUUUAUUAUAUAAACAUGGUAUUUUUUCAUAUAAGAAUUUGGACUCAUAGAUUCAUGUGUAAACAAGUCGAACACUUCUCCAUAAUAUAUCAGUA